AUGGGCGGUGAAAACUGGCUUGGAUUUGGAUACUAUGAUGAACUUUUGAGAGAUGAUUUAUCUCAAGAGAACGUGGAAUAUAGGGAAGGCCACAAAUUCUUAUUCAACCUCUGUGGAAAAUAUAACAUACCCAGAUCAGUUAUCGAAUCCAUUUAUGGAAAUAUUUCAAGGAGGCACUGUCGGACUUGGAUGGCUUGGAAUUCUCAUUGCACUGAGCUUAUCAAUUGGAGUAGGAAGUAUUUUGAAUCUGAAGAGAUCAAUCCGCACAAUAUUCUCCAGGAAUGGUCUUCCUUGAUUAAUUUGAAAAUCAAGAAUAACUGCGUGAGGAGGGACUGUUGUAACAAGAAGAGUUGCAAUUCUUGGAUGCUCAGCAAGAUGAACUUAUUGAUCUUACCAUGA